GGUUCGGGUUCGGAGUGAGGUUCGGGUUCGGACUUUUGAGCAAAAAGAUAGAGGCGGAUUCCGCACCACCAACCAAACCAAAAAGGCAUUGCUCCAUAGCCCUACGCUUCUCUGCCCUUUCCAUAUUCUCUGUCACUUUCCCGAGAAAAUUCCUCACAGAAAAAGCGAUCCGAGAGGGGGAAAAAGUUCAAGAACCUGCUCUGCUAUCUCCAAUUCGUGAUCGAUAAGAGAAAUCCAGCCGCAAUCGAAAAAUCAUGGGAAGAGGAGAUGAAGACGAUCAGAACGAGGAGGAGGAAGAAGACGAAGAAGAAGAAAGCCGAGAAGGAGGAGAAAUCGAAUGGCCGCCAUGGCUGGAACCUCUUCUCGGCACGAGCUUCUUCGUCCAAUGCAAACUCCACGCCGAUUCGCACAAAAGCGAAUGCAAUAUGUAUUGCUUGGAUUGCAUGAACGGAGCUCUCUGUUCGCUCUGUCUUGCUUCUCACAAAGAUCACAGAGCAAUUCAGAUAAGAAGGUCAUCGUACCAUGAUGUGAUAAGGGUGUGUGAGAUACAGAAAUUUGUGGACAUAACAGGAGUCCAGACUUACAUCAUAAACAGCGCCAGAAUUGUGUUCUUGAACCACCGCCCUCACCCUCAUCCACGUCCUCCCAAUGCCACCACUGCCAAAGCUGCCACCAAUGCCUGCCACGUCUGCCACCGUACCCUUCUUGAUUCUUUCCUCUUCUGCUCUCUCGGUUGCAAGCUUAUUGGGACAUCAAAGAGUUUGGAGAGAAAGUUGAAGGCGGUGGAAAACAGAAGCUCCGACACCGAGAAAUCCAAGACCGCCACCGCCACCGCCAACAGAAGAAGACUCAGAACCAAACUCCGAAGCUUCUCGCCGUCGACGCCGCCCCCCACGGUGGCGAUUCACAGAACCGCCAGGAGAAGGAAGGGAACGCCGUACCGGUCUCCGAUGGGAGGACUUCUCUUAGAAUUUUAAAAUAAAAUAAAAAAGAAUUUAAAACGUAAAAGACGAAAAUACCCCCCCCCCCAAUAUACACCCGGAUUAAGAUUAUUACAAUUUUGCAGCAUCUGAGCCUUGCCAGGCCGUUGCUGUAAAAAUAGUGCCCAUAAGAAAUGUAUUUUGCUGUAAUUUAAAAUAAUAAUGCGAAAAUUAAA